CAUUUUAAUACAUUCCAUGUUAACGCAGGGGUUUCGUAAACUUUUAACCAAUUUUCGAACCAAGCAAUUGUGGAUAUAUGUUUAUUUAAUAAUAUGUACUGGUAUAGUGGAAGGUUGCUUACCAGGACGCGGUGGUGGGCGGCGUCGAAGUCCUAGAAAGCUUACUCCUUUAGUAUAUAAACAGCAUGUGCCAAAUGUAUCAGAGUACAGUUUAGCGGCAAGUGGGCCAUCUAGUGAAAGAAUAGUACGUAAUAGUACAGGUUUUAAAUUACUAGUACCCAAUUAUAAUGCUGAUGUGAUUUUCAAGGAUGAAGAAGGUACUGGAGCCGAUCGACUAAUGACGCAAAGGUGCAAAGAAAUAUUGGACACUUUGGCCAUAUCUGUGAUGAAUCAAUGGCCAGGAGUGAGAUUGAGGGUGACAGAAGGAUUCGACGAAGAAGGACAUCAUUCUCCUAAUUCUCUACACUACAGUGGCAGGGCUGUAGACAUUACAACGAGUGACAGGGAUCGUUCUAAAUAUGGCAUGCUGGCCAGAUUGGCUGUUGAAGCGGGAUUUAAUUGGGUUUAUUAUGAAUCCAGAGGACACAUACACUGCUCUGUCAGAUCAGAUUCUGAUGGAGCUAGCAGAGGUAAUGGUUGUUUCCAUAGCAGCUCAACAGUUACUACCAGAAAUGGAAUUAAGUUAUUAAAAGAUGUGGAAAUUGGUGAUGAAGUAGCUUCUAGGUUUUCGCCAGAAGGAUCUCUGAUUUACAGCACUGUCAUAAACUUUUUGCAUAGGGAUUAUGAAUUAAAAACUGAUUUUAUUCGUGUAAGGACUAAUUCCAACAAUACUCUAUUAUUAACACCAAAUCAUUUAAUUUUUCGGUAUUCAAAGCAAUUAGUAGAAGCUGUUUUAGCUAGUGAUAUUAAUCCUGGUGAUUUACUGUUGAUAAAGCUUGACAAUAAUUUAACUGCAUUGUCAGCUGUAUUAGACUUGACAAUAUUUUCUUUGACUGGUGUUCAUGCGCCUGUUACAGAAGAUGGAACAAUAAUAGUGAAUGACAUUUAUGUAUCAUGCUACGCUACUGUAAGAAGCCACACAGUAGCUCACCUGACAAUGCUACCUUUAAGAAUUAACUUUCUUUUAAAAAGAAAGGGAUUAGAGUUGGGUAGAAUAUUGAAAAUUCCAAAAUCAUUAUUGAAAUAUCUUUACUGUCAAUGUAUAAAAUGUGAAGAUACUUCAUCUGUAAAUAGAGUUCUUAACUCAACAAAAUCUUUCAAGACUUCUUUUAAAGGAGUUCAUUGGUAUGCCAAAUUAUUGUAUUUCAUAACUCUUUCAUUUUUGCCGAAAUUGAAAUAAAUUUUUAUAAGUUG